AGUGCCCUGGGCUCUUUCAAUAAGACAUGUCGAAGAAAACACGGGAAAAUAAAGGAAUGAGAAUGAGCUACUGCUAGGGCUUGAAGCCCCACAGAGGAGAAUUUAACCAGGAGCCAAGCGCGUUUGAGUCACCAUCAAGAUUUGCCAGAGGUGAGCUCCGCACAUCCGCGUUAAGACUGGGAGACACGCCUUCUUCUCACACAAACCUUGCAGAUCCAGGCGCCUCAGACUGCGGACUCAGGGGUGGUGCCACAAGUCCUUCCACUUGCAGUGCUGACGGGCAGGGGCUGGGGAUCCGCCAGCGUGGGACCGAUCCAGCGCCACAGGUUGGAAAAAUAAGGAACUAUCCCCAUGAUGGUCGCCCUGUAAAGCAGAUCCUGUGUCGUUGCUAGUGUGGAAGCCCAGGAGUUCAAGGGCUCGGGAAAGGAGAAGGACGCCUCUGAAACCUGACACCCAGCCCUCUCGCAAAGGAAACUUCGCAGGCUGGCCUGACAAGACCAUCACUAUGACUGAUGGAGACUAUGAUUAUCUGAUCAAACUCCUGGCCCUUGGAGAUUCAGGGGUGGGGAAGACGACAUUUCUUUAUCGAUACACAGACAAUAAAUUCAAUCCCAAGUUCAUCACAACAGUAGGAAUAGACUUUCGGGAAAAACGUGUGGUUUAUAAUACACAGGGGCCAAAUGGAUCAUCAGGGAAAGCAUUUAAGGUGCAUCUUCAGCUUUGGGACACUGCAGGACAAGAGCGAUUCCGAAGCCUCACCACGGCAUUCUUCAGAGACGCCAUGGGUUUCUUAUUAAUGUUCGACCUCACCAGUCAACAGAGCUUCUUAAAUGUCAGAAACUGGAUGAGCCAACUACAAGCAAAUGCUUAUUGUGAAAAUCCAGAUAUAGUAUUAAUCGGCAAUAAGGCAGACCUGCCAGACCAGAGGGAAGUCAAUGAACGGCAAGCCCGAGAAUUGGCAGACAAAUACGGUAUACUAUAUUUUGAAACAAGUGCAGCGACUGGCCAGAAUGUGGAGAAAGCUGUAGAAACCCUUCUGGACUUGAUAAUGAAACGAAUGGAACAGUGUGUAGAGAAGACACAAGUCCUCGACACUGUCAACGGUGGAAACUCUGGAAAGCUAGAUGGGGAAAAACCAGCAGAGAAGAAAUGUGCCUGCUAGAUUCUACAUAGAACUCAUCAUCAAGAGCCCCACCCAAAUAUUACUUCCAAAAACAACGACAAACCACCAAAUCGUUGUUGAGUAGACUGUGCAUAAUUGCAUGUCUUUCUUUUUCUGACAGAAAAUCAAUUUUAAGAAACCAGAAUAGUCAACAGUGUUCAAAUGAAUUGACAGGUUGUUUCUGAGGCCCCUUCAAACAAGAUCAAAGAUUUUCUAAUAUGAUCUCACCAUCAUGGAUGUCCAAUUUGUUUUUCUUAGAAAUAAGAUGAGUAUAUAAGAGAGUAUACAAAGUGAAAUAUCAGUGAGUUUAAGUCAGAACAAAAAUUACUGUGUCAAAUUGGAGAAAGGGAUAGGCUACCAAUGAAAGAGUAUAAAAAGAUGAUUUAAAAAAAAAAAAAGAUUGGGUUUACUCCAUAUCUGAUUUGUACUUUUAGGUUUGCAUUGGGGAAACAUAUUAGCUAAAACUGGAUACACAAUAAAG